UUAUUCCUUCCCUAAACCCUCGCCCCUUCUUUCUCGGAGGAGGAAAGCAAAGGAGUAACAGCAAUGCAAGCUAGGGUUAGGGUUUCCAAACUUUUCUGCUGGAAUGUUUCCCAUUUGCCCAAGGAUUCGAUCUUGGAGAGCUCUUCGCCCGGGGCUCUCCUCCUUCGUUCUGUAUCCAAUACGCAUUUCAGCACCAGCCCCAAUAGGCCCAUGAGGGGUGAAAAAAGAAGAGAGGACCCCUCGGAAGAUCUCUUCCUUAAAAGUCUCAACUUUGGGGACGAUGGUGAGGAGGAGAGGACGGUGAAUACGAGGCCUUUGAGGGGGGAGAGGAGACUGGAUGGUGGAUCCGGAGAUCUCUUCCACGGGCUCAAAGAUGAGGAUAAGAUUCUGGGUAGAGGCCGCCGAACUCCGGAGAGCCGAAUCCCUGAAAGGCCCAUGAGGGGAGGACGGAGAGAAGAUUCUGGCUAUUCUCGCCAGAGGUUCAGGAAUCAUGGUGAAGAUUAUGAGGAAAAUUUUGGAAUUCCGGGACCAAAAUCGGCGUCUCUGUUCUCCGAUGGACCCAAGAGUGAAGAGAAAAACAAAGAAUCAAUCGACACUGGUGAUCAGUUGAAAGAUUCCGCCGAGAUAGAGAAAGGUGGUGAUAAGACUGGAGAUACCCUCUUCAAAAAACUGAAUCUUGGUGAUGCAGGCCGUGGUGGAAAGGUGGAGGAAGCUCCUCAGAAGCAAACGAAACAAUCAUCUGGACCUGACUCCAUGGUGCCCGAGUCCCAAUCGGAAGAUGCCGAUGAAAUUUUCAAGAAGAUGAAGGAGACGGGGCUCAUCCCCAAUGCAGUUGCCAUGCUUGAUGGGCUCUGCAAAGAUGGAUUGAUUCAAGAAGCAAUGAAGCUAUUCGGGCUAAUGCGUGAGAAGGGAACAAUCCCUGAGGUUGUGAUUUACACGGCGGUUGUAGAAGGGUUCUGCAAGGCAGCAAAGUUUGAUGAUGCAAAGAGGAUUUUCAGGAAGAUGCAGAAGAAUGGGAUCAUGCCGAACGCUUUUAGCUAUGCGGUUCUGAUUCAGGGCUUGUGCAAAGGGGGGAAAUUGGAGGAUUCUGUUGAGUACUGCAUCGAGAUGUUGGGUGCCGGGCAUUUACCAAAUGCGGCAACCUUCACCGGUUUGGUUGAUAGGUAUUGCAAGGAGAAGGGGGUGGAGGAAGCUGGGAGCCUGGUAAGGACUUUGAGGGAGAGAGGUUUUGCUAUGGAUGAGAAAGCUGUUAGAGAGCAUUUGGACAAGAAAGGCCCAUUCUCUCCAAUGGUUUGGGAGGCCAUCUUUGGAAAGAAGAACUUGCAGAGACCCUUUUGAUCUCAUCCUGGGAUUAAUUGGCUUUUAGAAGUAUCCUAUCAUCAGUUUGGAUCUUCAUUGCUUUAUUUUCAUACUGUUUGGUCUUAUGGAAGCUAUAGCAUUCAGUGUCUCCAAGUUCAUGCUCCCUGGAUUCUCAGUGGCUUGAAAAUCGUGUAAAAGCUGCUGGCAGUUGAUUGUCUGGUUCUUUUAUUAGAUCAAUUUUCCAUCCCAUCACGAUUGUAGUCUGAAUUUUGAAAAUAUGACCAUUGCUUAAAUCUGAUAUGUCACUUCAGAGCCACUUAUCUGUGAAUACAGGUUAGAACUGUACUUUCUCUAUAUAUUGUUACUCUCUUG